GACGUGUGCAAAAAUAUAUCAAGAUGCUACUCCCGAUCGUGUUUAUUAUGAUAUUCGCGAGUGCUUGUGAAGGCUACAAAAUUCUAGCACUGCUUCCUUACCCAGGGAAGAGUCAUUUUAUGGUGUUUGAGCCAAUUUUGGAUGAAUUAGCUAGACGAGGUCAUCAUGUCACUGUAGUUUCCUUCUUCCCAUCAGCGUCACCUCAUGCAAACCGACGUGACGUCAGUUUGGUGGGUCUAGCACCAUUAAACGUAGAGGUAAUAAACCUCCAAGAUUUUGACAAUCCCACAUUUUUAUCAAGUAAAUUCUCUUUUCAAUUUUCUUUAUUGUCCAAUAUUAUGGCUUUUAAUUUACAACUUUGCCAAACCGUUCUGUAUUCGGAUAUUUUCGAAGAGUUUGUAAAAGGUGAAGGUGCAUACGAUGUCGUGUUAAGUGAACAUUUUCAUACUGAUUGCAUGAUGGGCAUCGUGCACAUCUACAGGGCACCUUCAGUGGCUCUGAUGUCCUGUGCCUUAACACCGUGGGCAUUCUCGAGGUUUGGAGCUGACGACAAUCCUGCUGUCUUUCCCUCUAUGUCACUACCACUCGUUGAUGAAAUGUCAUUCCUUGAGAAACUGGUAAACGCGUUUAAUGUAAACUUGUAUAAAUAUUGGCAUAGUUAUACAACUAGGAACGAACAGAAACUUGUGGAGACGAGGUUAGAUCGCAAACUGCCACCGCUGAAUGAACUAGCGAAGAAUGCAAGUGUUGUGCUUGUAAACACUCAUCACACUCUGAAUGGAGUGAGGGUGUUACCGCCGUCAGUGGUUGAAGUCGGAGGCAUACAUCUUCACAACAAAACAGUGAAACCUCUACCCGAGUUUCGGAUCACUAAUCCGCGGUUCAUCGUUGCCGCCAAAAAAAUCGGAAGACAUAUAUUAUUGAAAGUUUUCGCGCGCUUACCGCAACGAGUUCUAUGGAAAUGGGAAACGGAAGAUAUAAAAGGGUUGCCAGAUAACGUCCUCGUGCUGAAAUGGCUGCCACAAUACGAUUUACUUAAUCACCCAAACUGCGUGGCCUUCAUAACUCACGGUGGCCUCCUGAGUUUGACAGAAAUCGUUGCAGCAGGAGUACCGGCGCUGGUUAUACCAAUAUUGGGCGAUCAGCCUGGAAACGCCGCAUUCGCUAAACGAGCUGGAAUCGCAGAAGUAUUAGAAUUCCAUCAAAUUGAUGAGGAGACAUUUUACAAUGCCCUCAUGAAGGUUUUAACGCCAGAAAUGCGAGAUCACGCCAAAUCGUUCAGCAAUCGUUGGUGGGAACGCCCCUUACCGCCUAUGGAGACAGCCAUACACUACAUAGAAAAGACAGCUAAAUAUGGAUAUCUCAACAUGUCCUCACCUGGCCGUCUUAUGACCAAACCAGAACUUUUAUUCUUCAUGUCUAUUGAAUAUUUAGUUUUAUUUAGUUUAAUUUUCUUUAUUGCUUUAUUAGCUAAAUGUUUCUUCUGUCCCCAAAAGAUUGAGAAAUUUAAACAGAGUUGAUGUUACCAUAGUUGUACGCAAUAUUUUAAUUUAUUAAUAAUAAAAGACGAAUUGUUGUUUUCUAGUUAUAGUAUAGACUAUUGCAAAAAGGCAAGAGUUUGGAAUGAAACAAAGUAAUUAUUAAAAAAUAAAUUUAUUGUCCCUGAUUUAUUUUAA